CCUUUGAACACCGAAAGAGUGAGAUCCUUUAUAUUUUUAUAUACUCUCUUACAAUGGCUCGUCUCUACGACUCUCGAACCACGAUCUUCUCUCCGGAGGGCCGACUCUACCAGGUGGAAUAUGCCAUGGAAGCCGCUUCGCGAUCGGCCACCUGCGUGGGAAUCCUUGCCAAGGACAGUGCUCUGUUGGCCACCAUCCGGACCACGAACAAACUUUUGGACCCCAGCAUUCCUGUGCACAGGAUCUGUCGGUCGAGCUUGGACACGGCCUGCUGUGCCACGGGCAACACGGCGGAUGGCAAUGUGCUGACCACCGAGAUGAGGCUGAUCGCUCAGCAGUACUUCUGCACCUACGGAGAGGGUAUUCCCUGCGAGCAGUUGGUCUCGAACCUGUGCGACAUCAAACAGGCGUAUACGCAAUAUGGAGGCAAGCGGCCCUUCGGCGUAUCUCUGCUUUACAUGGGCUGGGACUCCCGCUUUGGUUUCCAGCUAUACCAGUCGGAUCCCAGUGGAAACUACAGUGGCUGGAAGGCCACUUCUAUUGGCCGCAAGUCGGGGGCGGCCGUGGGUAUCCUGCAGCAGGAACUUUUUGCCAGAGGAUACGUGGCUCCGACACUCGAGCACGCCAAGUAUGUGGCCAUCAAGGUCUUGGACAUGACCUAUGAUAGUGGAAAGUUGAGAUCCUCCAAGGUGGAAAUGGCCACUCUGCAGCGACUGGAUAACAUCACCAUCUACAAAAAUGUUGAGAAAGCUGAGAUGCAGAGGCUGAUCGAGAAGUAUAGGGCAACGCAGACGCAGGCCGCCAAGGGAAGGCAUUGUACUUCCUAGUUAACUUUUUGUUGUAAUCUGUUUAUAUUUUUGAUUUAUGGAUAUUGAUAUUAUUAUUAAAUAGAUUUAAUGAAGAUUA